UUACUUGUACUUGUCUAUAUGUAUUUCUAACAAAAACCUAUUAUAUUUCUAGAUUAUCCCUGCACCAGUUCGAGUUGGAGAAGACGAACUUCCACCGUCUUGGGACCCUAUACCCUCUCCUUUAGUUACCAUGCUUGGAAGGGGGUCUCCAAGAUUAAACAUGCUUGCAAGGGGGUCUCCUAGAUUUAACAUGCUCUUAUCUAAAGGUGCACAAAAGAAAACAUCUCCUAUAGCUACUACUUCAAAGACACAUGGAGGCUCUCCAAAAGGGAAAACAAGAGCAAAUUGGAAUUCUAUGUUAGAGAAGACCCUUGUUGACUUGUUACAUGAACACAAUACACCUGAAUAUAAGGGUAACAAUGGUUGGACACCCGAUGCAUGGAACAAGAUUGCCAAGGAAUUUCAAGAGAGGGAAAGAUAUGCAGGUUUCUCAAAAGUUCAAAUCCAAGAAAAGGAAAAGGAGUUAAAGAGAGAUUACAGGAUGUUGAAAGAUGCGAGGAAACAAAGCGGAGUUUCUUGGGAUGAGAAAAGGUGUAUGAUUCAAGCUGAUCCACCGAUAUGGGACAACAUAAUCAAAUCAUUUCCAAGGGCUAAAAAAUUCCGCAACAAAUCUUUUCCUCUGUUUGAAGCUUUGGGAGAGCUACAUGAUGGUAAUACUGCUGAAGGGACCUACAACUUCACUUCUACUCAACCAAAUGGUCCAGAUCUCACACAAAUUGGGUCUGGAGAUGUUCCUAUCAAUGUAGAAGACCGUGAAGAUGUGGGAGACCCUUUGGCGGAUCACAGACAAAAUGAAGUAGAAGACAGAGUGUAUGAAGUUGAAGGGGUUGAUGUAAAUGCUGAUAGGCAUGAUGAAAGGUCAAAAAGGACUUCUGCUAUUUCAAGGAAUGAAGAAGAAAAAGGACCAAAGAGGCCGAAGAAGAGUUCCAACAUAGAAACACUGAUGGAGAGGUACCUAGACAUUAGAAGCAAACAAGCUGAAGAUGAAGCGACACAAUUGGCAAGAGAAAGGGAGGCAAGGGGAGGUGAUGAUUUCUCAAUUAAGAAUUGCAUAGCAGUUCUAAACACAUUGGAAGUCACAAAAGAGGAGAAGGUCAAAGCAUAUAAGGUGUUCAAGGACCCUGACAAUCGACAGAUAUUCUUGAGUGCAUGCAAUGAUGAUAGAGAGGCUGCAUUGAUGUGGUUGAGGGAUGAGAUGGCUUAGCAGGUAUACCUAUAUAAACAAGCACACUUUAUUGUUGAUUCAUUUUCAUAGUAUUUCCAACAACUUGCGCUAGUCUCCUAACGCUAUA